AGGCAGACAAAAUUGAAGGGGCUGCAAAUGCGAGUGCCAUUCCCCAUUCUUUGACCACAGCUACCAAAAAAAAAAGAAAAAAAAAGAUCAGCAUCAUAACAACAGAUCAAGUUUUAAUUAAAUAGAUCCUAAACCGCAGAUAAAUCCAAGAUCUUCCUUCGCUGUACAAUCCACUGGAACAGCUGAAGUUUUCACACCCUUUUUGAUAAUACCACCUUUACUGCGACCGAAGCAAGUAGUUUUCUGCAGCUGCUGGUGAGAUAACAUGGCUGCCAAGGCAGUGUUGAUAUCAAAUUCAGUCCAAGAAAUGGCUCUCAACGGGGAAGAACCACCAGUGAAGUAUUUCUGUAAAGGAAAUGAUGUUGGAGUCCUUGAUGCUUCUGUUCCGUUAAUCGAUAUUCCAGUUGUUGAUCUUGGUCUCCUUACAUCUCCAUCAACCAGUGCACAAGAACUCGAGAAAUUUCACUUAGCUGCCAGCUCAUGGGGCUGCUUUCAGGUAGUAAAUCAUGGGAUGACAAGUUCCUUUUUAGACAAAAUUCGUGAUGUAAGCAAGCGAUUCUUCGCAUUGUCGAUGGAAGAUAAGCAGAAAUACUCCAGAGAAGCUGACAGCAUUGAAGGGUAUGGAAAUGACAUGAUUCUUUCAGACCACCAAACGAUUGACUGGUCUGAUCGAUUGUAUCUUACUAUUAGCCCAGAAGACCAGAGAAAGAUCAAAUUUUGGCCCGAAAAUCCUAAAGAUUUUAGGGAAACCCUAAAUGAAUACACCAUGAAGUUACAAGAGAUAAAUGAAAUUCUCCUUAGAGCCAUGGCAAUGUCAUUGAAUUUGGAGGAAAGCAGCUUUUUAGACCAGUAUGGAGAACGACCACUUGUGGCUGCAAGGUUUAACUUCUAUCCUCCAUGUCCAAGGCCAGAUCGAAUUCUUGGCGUUAAGCCACAUGCAGAUGCAUCGGCAAUUACCUUCCUCUUGCAGGACAAAGAAGUGGAAGGUCUGCAAUUCCUGAAAGACAACCAGUGGUUUAGAGUUCCCAUCAUUCCACAUGCUCUUCUAAUCAAUGUCGGAGAUCAAGUAGAGAUAAUGAGCAAUGGAAUAUUCAAGAGCCCUGUUCACAGGGUGGUGACAAACACAGAAAAGGAGAGGAACACUCUGGCUGUGUUCUGCAUUCCCGACUCAGAUAAAGAGAUCAAACCGGCAGAUGGGCUUAUCAGUGAAACGAGGCCAAGUUUAUACAAGAAGGUGAAAGAUUAUGUUAGUAUCUACUUUCAAUACUACCAGCAAGGGAAGAGGCCAAUAGAAGCAGUGAAGAUUUAAAUUUUUUUCAUAUGUAAUAACAGAACCUUUGUGGUGUAACAAUAGACAUGGGAAAAACCAUAGCAAUCCGUGACUAUUUGUGGUGCCGAGGUGCUUGUUACCUUACCUGGAUUAUCAGAUAAAGAUUGGAAAGCAAUGUUUCUGCUUCUUGUUGGAACAUAA